GCCCCGAGAAGGAAGUCCCACCCGAGAGAGAGGGGAGGGAGGCGGGCCCGGGGCAGGGGCAGGGGGCGCUCACCGGGAGGGCUCGGGGUCAGCGGCGUCCACGGUGCCCACUGGUUGCGCAGGCCGAGGGCGUGGAUGAGGCCGCCGGCGAGCACGGGGCCGGGGGAGUGGCGGGUUUCGCCCUCGAACCGCCCCGGCGCGGGCAUUUCCUUCGGCUUGAAGGGCCCUAGCCCCGGGGCCUGUAGGGGCCGCAGGUCCGGCUCGGGCUUCACAUCGAUGACGAGGUCGGGCAUCUCCAUCUCGUCGUCUGAGUUGGCGGCGGGCGAGGGCUCUAAUCGGCGAGGCAUGCAGCCGGCCUUGCGGCGGGACAUGGGUCACGGGCAGGCGGACUGGCGGGCGGAGGACUCGCGAGCCGUGCGCGCUCAGACCGAGGCGCCCAGGUGAGUGACUGCGGCGACCCGCGGCGAACUCUUACACGUGCUGGCCCGGCCCGUGGCUCCGCCCACCGAGGCGGGGCCUGACGGGAGAGGACUGCCCCACCCUCAGCCAAACUUAAUCAGGACCAUGCCCCCUGCGUUUCUCUAAGUGAUCAAAUCUUAAAGCUCAUGAGCUCACACAACCAAGCAGAGAAACAGCUAUUCCCAAAUCCCGUUUUCGGGCUGGCGGAAACUGAGGCACACGGUGCCCACACACCCCGCCAAGCGAGAAAAUGGUAGGGGCCUCGUUUCUACCUAGGUGCCUGAUAGUAAUCUGGUCUAUUCCAUGAAAUGCAUUACAAUAAAAAUUCCUCGGGCAAACACUGACUGAGCGCCUACUGUGCGCCAGGUUCUGGACUAAGCACUGGGGAUGCAGCAGGAUACAAAACAGACAAUAACCCCGGCCUCAUGCAGAUUAUUCGUUCGGGGAGACAGACUCUCAACAAGAUAACUGUAAAAUAUAGAGUGCCUGCCAUGACAAGUGCCACAGAGGGGAAAAAAAAAUUCUAGGAAAGAUUAUAAAGGGACAGGAUUACUGGGGUGGGGGUGGGGGUGGGUCCACAGUUUCCUCGCCAUGCCAGGCCUGUGUAUUGAAGGAGUUCUGUAUUGAUUGAGUUCUGUGAGAAAACGAGGUCAGCUCCAAGGGCAUCCUUUGACCACUUUAAAGUCUUUGGGUUUUCUGAGACAGAAGCCUUGGGAGGGUUUGAGCAGAGGAGGGUCGUGGUCAUAUACUUUGUGCUCCUAGACGUGGAAUCGUCAUUAAAACCAAAGAGCCUACUGUCUUGCCUCCCUCCGCGGGGGCCUCCUCGAACUUCCCUCCUCAGAGCUGCUCUCUCUGAUCACUAUUUGAAGUGGCAUCAACACCCUGCCCCACCCUCCAACCCUGCAAGUUUUUUUUUUUCUUCCUGGCACCGACCACAUCACGACCUAGAGCUGUUUGUGUACUGUCCCCUUCCCCCAACACAAGCCCCCUGAGGUCAGGGCCAGGGUCAGUCUGCCCCUGCCUGCCGUGUCCCCAGCCCAGCACCGAGGGAAUUUCACAUGCUAAUCUCCCAGAGUGCCGCUGCAGGCCUGAGGGUUCCUCAUAUUGUUAUUCAGGUCUCAGCUCAAUUGUCCUCCAGAGAGCAGAGGACCUCCCUGACCACAGGAUCUAAAGUAGCCCCACCCUGCUGAAGGCCUUACAAUUUACACUCCAUGACCUCCAUCUGUCCCGAGUUCCCUCCUGGGCCUCAGGUUUCCCAUCUAUUACUUAAAGUGGCUUCCUCUUCAGUGCCACCGCCCCUGACCACCCAAGCUCCUCCAACCCUGCCACCCGUUAUCCCACUGCUCUUAUUUUAUUCCUUUCACAUCCUUGUCAAGCCCUGAAGGAUUUUGUCGAUGUAUUUGUUCAUGUAAUAACCUGCUGUGUCCUUCAAAGCCUCCCUAGAAUGUAGGUUCUGAGAUGGCAGGAGCCAAGUCCAUCUUGUUCACAAACAGAGGCCCGAAUCGUUCGUAGUUCAGUUAACAAAUUGUGUACUGAGCUCCUGCUACGUGCAUUCUUUCAAAAGAUAUUUGCAGAGGGUCUGUGUACCAGGCACUGGGUUUCGAGGAUCCAGUGGGAAGCUGAGGCCCACAAGGCCCCUGCCUUAGUGAAACCGUGUGGAAGAAGUGAAUUCGGAGCCCAGAGGAGCGAAUUUCCACCUCAGGCCAGACAUUUUGCCUUUCAGGGCUUCAGUUUGCCCCUGUGUAAGAUGCGGCUGUGGGGAGGGCUGCAGGACAAAGUGACCGCCUCUGGUCUCUCCCAGCUGCUGCUCUCCAAGGCUGUUUUGCCUGGUGCUUGGCUUCUGAGAGCAUGAUGAAAUACGGCAGGUGGGGUUCGGACUGGAGGUGAGGGGUAGGAGUGUGCACGUGUAGGGGGACGGGGGUGCAAUCUGCCGUUAACUCAGACGGGAGGGGCCUCGAUUUCUUCUCCUGUAACAUGGGGAUCCUGGACGUCCCCACCUCGCAGACUGAGAUCUAAGCGCCGGAUCUGUGCUGGCUUCCGAGCCCGCGAGCCCGCCCGUGACCACGUGGGGCGCCGGCGGCGGCGCGGGCGGAACCCAGGCUCGGCGGCUCGCGGCCCGCCCGGGCCUCUGCAGCGAGGGCGCCGGCGGAAGUGAGGGGCGCCAGCCGCCGCGGACUUCGGCUUGCACCCAGUAAAUGAUUUGGCAUUGCCCAGCUUCAGUUUCCUCUUCGGGAAAACGGGGAUUGUACAGAAUUUCAAGAUUCUUUUGAAAAGGUUAUACAGAUUCAGAACAGAUUCAAAUUCAAACAGAAUUCAAAAGGUAAAGAAAGGUGGACAGCUAAAAGCCUCCACCCUGGGCUCUCCAUGGGCUGAAUGACCCACGUGUGUUUGCAGUGUUUUUGCUUGUUUAUUCGUUUUUAGGCCAAGCGAUGUGGCUUGCGGGAUCUUAGUUCCCCAACCGGGGAUCGAGCCCUGGCCCCCGGCAGUGGAAGCAGUGAGUCCUCACCACUGGACCACCAGGGAAGUCCCUGCUUGCAGUUUUCGUGGAGACUGUCAAACUGCCCCUCUUUAAGUGUCCGUGAGGCUGUGACUGUGUUCACGUGUUCAGUAGUUAUCGUUCCCACCCUCUACCUAUUUGUCUGCCUCGGUUCUCAACCAGAGGAUCCAUUCUUGCAAGGAGCUGACAGCUGAGCUGCAGAGACAGGAAGAGCCUCACAAGAAAAAGGACAAUCCCAGUCACCCCUGUAUGCCACGAUAAUGCAGACGCCACUGGCCAUUCCUGUGCCUGUGCUCCGGCUCCCCCGGGGCCCCGACGGCUUGAGCCGUGGCUUUGCCCCCAACGGACGCAGAGCCCCCCUGAAACCAGAGGUUCCUGAAAUCCCAGAGUCUCAAGAAUCUCGGGAAUCCCAGGAACAGCGGGCCCGAGCCGCCCUUCGGGAGCGCUACCUCCGCAGCCUGCUCGCCAUGGUGGGGCACCAGGUGAGCUUCACGUUACACGAGGGUGUGCAUGUGAUGGCCCACUUCGGAGCCACCGACCUGGACGUGGCCAACUUCUACGUGUCACAGCUGCAGACUCCUAUAGGCGUGCAGGCUGAGGCGCUGCUCCGGUGUAGUGACAUUAUCUCGUAUACCUUCAAGCCAUAAGGACAUUCUCGUGCUCAUCUUUCUGCCUUGGGUGUAGCCACAGUCUCCCAGGCCUCCGUAUGCUCCUGAGCUUGGACCUCUGGGCGCCAGAGAGUUCAGAACUACUUGGCAUUUUGAGCCAAGCUCCAAGCAACCCCAGGAGUUAUAGAUCCUGUUGAAAGGAAUGCUCUACCUCAUAGAACUCUGAACUCUACAGAUAUACGGGCCUCAUGCCAGUUCCUGAAGAUUUGGGGUGGAGGGAGGGAAUAAAGGAAGGCAAAUUACCUAGUGGGAAAUUGUCUAUUUAAGAGGCUGCAAAGUUCGGCCACCCUGGAAAUGCUCCUCAAUACUCCCCUCCUGCCAAAGAACCAAUUAUCCCAGGAAAAUUUGCCUCCUGUGUUUUUUUUUGGUUUUUUUCAAAUGUACCCUAUAGAGAUUGAAUCAGAUUUAGGGAAUAGAAGUGUGGCUAUCCAAGGGCUGAAUCUCCUGGAGCUGGGCCAGGAAGGGGAGGACAUGUUAAGGGAGUGGGAGGAACUCAGAUAAAAGGGAUUGGACCAACGUUUGUCUCUGGGAACGGCUGGAGUGACCUGGAUGCCACAUUUGGAAGACUUGGACUUGAAUUCUUUUUCGGAUGGGCUGGAAUGUCCAUAGCUUGCAUUGGGUCACAUGGUCGCCCACAAGGGCUACUACCCCCAUUGCCUGGCCUCUGGGUGGGUAGAUUCGCUUCCCCCGUCCUUGUGGGGAAUGGUCGGGACUGGUCGGACCCUGUGUGGCAGCACCAUUGGGAAAAGGCAGAGGAUUAGGGGUUUGGGUGAAACUUUGCCCCUUCUCCAUUUCACCCCCAGCUGUGGAGUGUGGCUGUCCAUAUUACUCGCUUUACUUCGGCCCGUUACUAGUAGUCUUUCAGCAGAUUUACUUUUAUCUAUUUAUUUAUUUUUAUUUAUUUAUUUAUUGGCCACGGCAUGGGGGAUCUUGGAUCCCAAAUCAGGGAUCAAACCAAUGCCCCCUGCAGUGGAAGCACAGAGUCCUAACCACUGGACCACCAGGGAAUUCCCUCAGCAGAUUUACUUUCAAAAAGUAAUUUCUGCCCCCUUUGUAGUCCCAUCAAUUUAAGAAUGUAUAUGGAGGGACUUCCCUGGUGGUCCAGUGGUUAAGACUCCUCA